UGAAUAAUCUUUUUAUGAAAAGAGACGAUAGUUUGGCAUGUGACGUCAUCAACAAGCGGAAAAACGCUGUGACGUAAAUCCAAGAUGGCGGCUCGCCGUUCCACGAUGAAAUUUUGGAAGCCGGGGUCCGAAGCACCGGGGAUCUCCGAGGAGCGAGAACUUAACACGGAGACAAUUGGCUCCACAGCCGUCUACAACCCGUUCAUCGCACUGUCCAUAGAGAAGCAGAGGCAGAAGCUCCCCGUUUUCAAGCACAGAAACAACAUCCUGUACUUGGUGGAAAGCUUCCAGACUGUCAUCAUAGUUGGUGAAACGGGAUGUGGAAAGACGACACAGAUACCUCAGUACCUGCUGGAGGCUGGCUGGGCAGCAGAAGGGAGGGUGAUUGGCGUCACACAGCCUCGACGCGUGGCUGCUAUCUCUGUGGCCGGCCGCGUUGCAGAGGAGAGAGGCGCUCGUAUAGGACAUGAGGUGGGCUACUCCAUCAGAUUUGACGACUGCUCUGACCCCCAAGCUACCAGGAUCAAGUUCCUUACAGAUGGAAUGUUGGUGCGGGAGAUGAUGGCUGACCCCCUGCUUAAAAAAUACAGUGUAUUGAUGCUGGAUGAAGCACAUGAGAGAACCCUGUACACUGACAUUGCCAUUGGUCUGUUGAAGAAGAUCCAGAAGAAACGCCGAGACCUGCGGCUGAUUGUGGCCUCUGCCACUCUGGAUGCCAAGAAAUUUCAUGAGUUCUUCAACUUGAACGAGUCAGGAGAUCCUAACAAGGACACAUGUGGAAUCCUAACAGUGGAGGGACGGACAUUCCCAGUGGAUAUUUUCUACACUGUCAGUCCUGUACCCGAUUACGUGAAGGCCACAGUUGAGACGGUGAUGAAAAUACAUGAUACAGAAGAAAGUGGGGAUGUUCUGGUGUUUCUGACUGGGCAGGAAGAAGUAGAGAAGGUGGCGUCUCUCCUGAAGGACCAUGCCAGGUCUUUGUCACGACAAGGCAUGAGGAAACACCUGAGAGUUUUGCCGAUGUAUUCUGGUUUACCUUAUGCAGAGCAGAUGAAGGUCUUUGAGCGGGUGCCUGCUACAGUUCGUAAAGUGGUGGUGGCUACCAACAUAGCUGAGACUUCCAUUACCAUCAAUGGCAUCGUUUUUGUCAUCGACUGUGCUUUCGUCAAGCUACGUGCAUAUAACCCCAGUACGGCUAUUGAAUCACUGGUGGUGACACCCAUUUCCAAGGCGUCUGCCAGCCAGCGAGCUGGGAGAGCAGGCCGUAACCGACCAGGGAAAUGCUUCAGACUUUACACAGAGGAGGACUUUGAGAGACUGCCUCCUUCUACUGUACCAGAAAUGCAGCGUACUAAUUUGGCCCCAGUCAUCUUGCAGCUUAAAGCUUUAGGCAUUGACAACGUUCUGCGCUUUAGCUUCCUUUCACCUCCUCCCGCUCAGACCAUGGUUCAGGCUUUAGAACUUCUUUAUGCCCUGGGAGGCUUGGACAAUUAUGGACGUUUGACAGAUCCUCUUGGAAUCCGGAUGGCAGAGUUCCCUCUCAGCCCCAUGUUUGCCAAGAUGCUGUUAGAGUCGGGAAACUUCGGCUGCUCCAAAGAGAUUGUCACUAUUGCUGCAAUGAUGCAAAUUCAGAAUAUAUUUGUUAUACCACCCAAUCAGAAGAAAAAUGCUGCUCGCCAGCACAGGAAAUUUGCUGUUGCUGAAGGCGACCACCUCACCAUGCUGAAUGUAUAUGAAGCUUACCUUAAGCACCAAAAGAGCUCCCAGUGGUGUCAGCAGCAUUAUCUUAAUUACAAAGGUCUGCAGCGCGCCACAACAGUGCGAGAACAGCUGCGGCGUCUCAUGACCAAGUUCAAGGUAGUGUGGACUUCCAGCGAAGGUGAUCCAGAUGUGAUUUUGAGGUGCAUUGCGUCAGGAUUUUUUUCCAAUGCCGCACGCAUUCAUCACUCUGGUUCAUACAGAACACUACGAGACGAGCGUGAGCUUCACAUUCACCCCACCUCUGUACUGUAUGGAGAGAAACCUCCAAAAUGGGUUGUCUUCAACGAAGUGAUGCAGACGAGCAAGUACUUCAUGCGAGAUGUGACAGCUGUGGAGUCAUCCUGGCUUGUGGAGUUGGCCCCUCACUUUUACAAGCAGGCUAAACAUGGUUCACUGAGCAGCAAGCGAUCCCGUGUCCUCUAAACCUGUUGGUCAAGUCUGGACGACUCCGUGCCAUAGUGUAUAUAAAGAUGUAAUAUUUAUGAAUCAUUUCCACAUGCGCAACUGUGACCAUUCUAGACAUUACUUGCUUUUUGACAGUGGUCUACUUCUACUUUCUAUUAGAUCUGUGUGAGAGACUGCUGAUAAAUUGCGAGAAGCCAGGUGUGAAGUACUUUAUUCGUACUUGUACAUAGUCAGAGAAGACUCUGGUCCAGGAAUACUUGCAGUCAUACCUGGUUCUAGGCUUUAUUUUUUAUAAAAGCUGUGUCCUUUGUUGGUUGGAAAAAAUGAAAAAUGAGACUUUUUGCUAUUACGUUGCCCCCUCAUAACCUAGGUGCCUUUAGGAAUCUGACUGGUAGCUUGACCAGUUUUAGUUUUCAUUUCCUAAAUUGGGCUAAUUGACAACACUGUGAAAGUACUUCUUUACCUUUUUAGAGAUGUCCAGACUGUGUAGCAUUCUCACCAGUGUGUGCCAGUUUCCUUUCAAUCAGCCUGUCUCAUUUCAUUUUUGACGGAAUGUAAAUACACAAAAGUGUUCACGGAAAGCUGUGAAAACCAAAUGAAGUGCCGUUUGUCGGCACAGUGACAGGAAGUGCACUCAGAUGUAGCCUAAAGCCUCAUAAGAACUAGCAUUUAGCUGUCCUUUCGAUGAAAUGUGUCACAGAAGUGUACUUUUGGUUCACUAUUACCAUCUAGCACCGGGGUAGGGAACCUAUGGCUCUAGAGCCAGAUGUGGCUCUUUUGAUGACUGCAUCUGGAUCUCAGAUAAAUCUUAGCUGCCAUUGCUUAAGACGAUAAGUAAUGAAUAAUUCCACUGGUAGUCACGAUGUUAAAAAUUACUUUCAAAAUAUUAAACAUUCUCAUGCAUUUUAAUCCAUCCAUCCGUUUCUACCGCACCUGUUCAAGAAAUAACAAUGUUAUUAAAAAGAAUUAGAGACUUAUUAUACUCUAAAUAUGUUGGUUUUACUUAAAAAAUGCACGCAUUUAGUUGUACUCAGUGUUAAAAAAUAUGAUAAGGCUCUCACGGAAAUACGUUUUAAAAUAUUUGGCUUUCAUGGCUCUCUCAGCCAAAAAGGUUUGUGACCCCUGAUCUAGCAUAUAAAUGCAAUAGUUCUUAACGUGAUCUUCCAUCACUUCUCAAAGGGUAUAUAAACCCUCUCACUUGUCAACUUCAGCAUUAUCAAGCACUAUAUUACAAUUUUGUUGCUCUAUAACUAGAUUUGUUAUUAAGGCAGCAUAUUCAGAAAUGUAGGCAAAUUUGCAUGAUUUGUAGUACAACCACUUUACUGUAGUCUUUGAAACUAACCAGUCCACAGAAGCACAACAUACAGUAGUUGAGCUAACCAACUCUUCUUGCAUGUGUAAUGGUACUUGUGUGAUUAUUAAAUACAUAGAUACCUAUCACCUGUCAUGUCGCCCCACAUCCUCCAAUUAAAGCGCUACAUCACACAAA